AUGCGCUUUAAGCAACUGUGGAAUAUUAUCCCUCUCCCAUCCAAGAUCAAGUUACUGUGGGAUCGAAUAACUCUUUCACGCACGACCACCUUUUACUUCAUAUUUUCUGUACUACAUUGUGUUCUCCAGAUCAUCUUCCAAGUGCACGCCUUUCAAAUCAAUGUGGGGGCUGCUGAAUUCUUGGCUUCGAUCACAGAACAAGGAGCUGCCAUAGAUUCGAAUGCAUUUUACGUUCUGGGGAGUGAUCUUCGCCUUUGCGACAGUCUCCCAUCAGACUUCAGCACUAGCUCUUGCCAAAUAGUCUGGAAUGGUAUCACAGUCGGGGAAAAUUCGAUGAUAACUGCAAAUACAGCGGACUCGACCCCCAAGACUACUUCACACUCAACGGGGACGUCAAGUUCCAUGACCUCGACCCGUUUCGCCUCCUCGGGUUCGACGGUGUCCAUGACUUCAACGAGUUCGAGCCAUACUGCAACAUCAGACUUCGUGACGUCUGCAAGUUCAACGAUGUCUUCGGUGCACACCACUACCUCAUCGAGUUCAAAAGCAUCCACAACCCAGAUGUCUUCGGCGCACACCACUACCUCAUCGGCGGUGGCUUCAACCUCCACUGAUAAUGUGAAACGCGGAGACACUGCUGUUGAAAUGGUCAGCAGGAGCCACUUUAGCAAACGCAGUGUCGUCGGAAAUAUCGAAACUGCGGAGGUCAAUGGCACUGUCCAAGUCAUUGUGAACGGAUUCGGCUGGAACAAUCAGGCAGCCGUCUUAGAUCGGCAGUGCCUUUGGGCUCUGAAUUACCCAGUUCAGGUACUUCAGCAGACCGAACGGGAAGAUUUGACCUUCAUCGCUUUUCAAGUCUGGGUUCUCGGAAUGUCUAUUGUCGCUAUCCUGAACGAAUCCGUCCCUCACACCAUCGCAUCUCUUUUGACACACAUGCUGGCUACUGGAUGGGCAGGUUAUCAGAUUUUCAAUACUGCUCAAUUUCGCGAUGACUUUACGAGGUUGUCAACGAACGGAGCUUGCAAUCCAAUCAAUCUCUUACCGUCGUAUUGGCAAAGUCGCGUUGCUGCCGAAAUCGCUAGCUUGGUGCUGAACAUCGUUGCACUGUUGGUUUCUGCCUUUCUAUCAUGGAAACUUGCCAAGCUUUUCGGCUGGCAAACUUUCAAGCGCGUCGGGGCUUCGAUCACUAUCAGUCGUGUCUACAAACUUGUGCUCGUGCUCUCAAUCGUCAUCCAGCUGGCGCUCUUCUAUAUGGUGAUCGCCAUAUCUCUUUGGCUCGAUCAACUCUGCAAUGGCAACAUUGGGCGUCUUACCCCCGCUGCAUACAAGCCGUUCCUGAUCGUAACCCUCGUCCUCUUGCUUCCGUGGUUGGCGACAGGCUGGUAUGGUGUGCGCCGAGAACUCAAGAUUCCUAUGCUCGUAUUUCUUGCGCUCAGUGUUGGGUACCUUGGGGGCUGGGCAGCCAUGUUUGAUUCCAUCUCGUUCCGAUGGGCGUAUAUGACCUGGACGUUCUUCGGGGUGAUGACAACCGCUUCCUUCUUCCUGACUCUUGUUGCGUUCAUCCUCGGUAUCAUAUGCCGUAUCAACUUCGGCAAGGGGCUUGUACGAUAUCUCAAUGCAGAAGAGCCAAUCCCAGAUGACUUUUCCCCGGUCAACUAUGGAGAUGACCCGGAGAAGAUCGCGUUCCCAUCUGAUGAUGAUGUGCCCACAUUCUCCGUUGCUUUCGGCCCAGGACAAGAAGUUCUUCCUUCUCAGAUGUUCGCACCUCCUAUAUGGCAUACUUUCUCCACACACAAUGAUCCAUUCUCGGCCCCGGGGGCCAUUCAAGUGCCUUCGGCCACGCUGGCGAGGCAGCCAUCCUCCCAAUCCUACCACACCGUCGAGCGGCAACAGUCCAAGAGUAGCACCCAUAGUUCAACCAGUACUUCAAGCAGAGGGAGUGACUCUGUGGCUCAUUCUAAACGCUGGGUCAUCGAGUAA